GCUGUCGGUGUUUUUCACUUGUUUCAUUCAUAAAUGUCGGGUAGCGAUUAAUAUUUAGUUUAUUCGAUGGCAAAACGAGUUUUCGAAUAUUAUUGAGGCUUCGCAGCGUCGGAUUUCACUACGCGACGGUUGAAUUCAUUCAAGAACCAACUGACCGGGUGUUUUCGGGGUAAUCAUGACAAUGGAGAACUCGCGUCUGUGCCGCAUUUGCAUCACGGAGUCGUCAAUGUUGCUACCAAUUUUCGGCGGCGAUGCCCUUUGGCGAAAGAUUGUGUCGUUUGCCAAUGUUCAGAUUGAAGAAAGUGAUCAAUUGCCGCAAAAACUUUGCAUGGUAUGUGCCCGAGAUGUCCUCAAUGCUGCAGCGUUAAAACAAAAGUGCGAAGAUUCCGAUAAAUUUUUCCGGAACAUAAUCGAAGCAAGCAUUAUAAAUGCCCACAGUAAUGCUUCUACCCCUUUGGGUCACAACGAAACUGACGUCGAAGCUGAAAAGAAUCCAAUAUUUGAAAGUUCUCACCCAUUGAAGUCCCUACGCUCUAGACAGGGUGAUAUUUCAGUAGAGAGUUCACCGUUCGCUACUAUCACACCAAAAGAAAGCAGAUCUAUUGAAACACAGCUAAUAAGCUCCACAACAUCGUUGAAUUCUACGCCUGCUGAAAAUGCUUCGGCAAAGAAUGACAAAAGACGAAGACGUGGUCGAAAAAAAACGAUCUCUCCGGAUUGUAAUCGGAAAAAAUGUCGCUUCCAGCGACUCGUCUCCGAUUAAAAUUCUAAGAUCCUCGCGAUCAAGCAGCUCAUUAAGGGUCGUCAAAAAAGCACAAGAAACCACCAGUUCCCCACAAGCAUCAGAAAGUAGCGCUCCUGGUACGCCAAAAAAUAGCAGGACAUCGAAGCAGUUGAAAAUCGCCAAUGUCACAUCACUUGCUAGUCAAACCACUGAAGGAAGUUCAGUCCCCUCUGCAUUAAUUGCAAGUAAACAUCAAUGCCAUGUUUGUCAAGAAUUCUUUGCAAUGAAGACCAUACUCAAACACCAUCUGGACACUGUCCAUCCGGGCGCACAACCAGCUUUUGAAUGCGUCAAAUGCCAUCGAACUUACUCAGCUAAACGAUUCCUUGACAAACAUAUACGUAAGCGAGUGUGUGAAACUGAUCCUCCUCCAGUUGAGAAACCGGAACCACCGAAGGUAAGAAAAUUGGAGGUAAAGUGUGCAUCUUGCGGUGAGUCCUUCCCGUCGGGUUAUCAUCUUGGAUGGCACAAUCGAGGACGUUGUCGAACAAUUCAACAAAUGAAAAUCAACAGAUUGCUCAAUUCAGGUGGUGAAGAAAGUCCAUCAAAACCUAUGAGUCUUUCACAUUUGGACAAGCAUAAACUUUUACAAGCAAAGUCAUUAGUGCUAAACAAUGUCAAUGUCAAGGACAUAGCAGGGCAACUCAAUGUUUCCGAAGAAUACGCAAUUCUGCUGCGUAAAAAGAUAUUGGAGCACUAUCAGAAGAAGAGACAGAGAACUUUACGUGAAAACCAACCAUCGACAGUAGCCCCACCAGCAGAAAAAGUGCAGCAAUCUUCAAUCAACAGUUCGAAUGAGUCCCGCCGUGCGAAGCCAAGAAAGCCCAGAGUAUCUAUGGAUGAAGCUAAAUUCGAACGGGCUAAGGCACUCCUCGCGAAAAGAAGCGCAACUGGGGCGGAAAUUGCAAGCCAGUUCAAUAUAUCUCUGCAAUCGGCUUUCCGUGUCCGUCGGUGUAUCCUCAAAGACAUUCCUUUCUUUAAGACGCAGACGGGCAGGGGAGUAAGAAAGGGGAAUCAUUUGAAGAAGAAUCUGAACAUGUCUUCUGGUAGCGCUAAAAUCGAACUGAAACGAGGAUCUCCAGCAACUAUUAGGAGUACAAAAAAUUUACCGGCGGGCCAGAGCCAAAGUGGUCAACGGAGGAGCCCGGCAGGAAAUCAACUUGUAGGAAGUAAUGCAGACGCAGUACAAAGCGCCAAUAGUGUAAAUACAUUGGUGAACUUACCAAGCAAUGAGAGGAAUUCAGCAUCGAUACAACCCGAUCCAACGCCAAAUUUAAUCAGCUCGAUAUCCAUGAUGUUCAUGGGGGAGACGACGGAAUCAAGUAAUCAGCGGCCAGAGACACUCAUAGGGAAGCGAGAUUUGGCUAAAUUCAUAAAAAAGGAGGACGAGAGAUCUAUGAUGGAAUAGGUGCAAAAGGCACUAUCGCUGGGUAAGUUGGUUGUUGGCUAAUAUAGUCACCUUCACACGAAUUUUGGAUCCAUUAGGAUCAGUAACUUCUAUAAAAAUCGAUAAAUGGCAGUCUGAGCGGCUGGAAGGGAUGAAUAUCAUGUCACAGUCAAUUUCGUUGUAAUUUUUUUUUAAUUAUUUCUAUUGAUAUAACUUUAUUGCUUUACAACUACUUUUAAGGUUAUGAAAUCGGUAAUUAUUUUCGCUCCGUAAAGGAUCCUUUUGAUCGUUCCGAUAUGUGGCGUUUUUCGUGAAUAUUAAUAUUCUCUAGUGCAAUUGUCUUUUCUUGAUUUAUGGUCAGUUACCGAUGCUGGCAUCCAGUUUGGUUUCAAAUUGAAUUUGAAAGAGUUUAUUUGUUUUUAUGUUCCAUAGAGUGCUUGUAUUCACGUUUUGCGAAUUUACCGUCUUUUUUUUUAAUUGAGAAAAGAGACAUUUUACUGGAGAAACUUUGUGAAUACAUUGAAAUUUUAAUAAAUAA